AUGGAGGGCAAGCGCGGAAGCCUCGUCGACUACCCAGACGACGACUCGGCCGUCACGGACGGUGACCUGGCCAGCAGAGACCAGGCCGAGCAACCAGACGCAGACGCCCAUGCCUCUUCCCUCAGACCCCGGGCCAGGUCGCCCAUGACCAAGACGCGAUCCUUUUCUGACGGCGGCGGAACCCCCUCCAAGCUAUCCGCGUCACCGCACGUUGUCGAAGCCUCGCGGAGGACGUCCAAGGACGAUAGCAAUCUCCACGACGUCCAGCCCCCGGUUACCCCGCGGAGCUCUGACUUCAAAGCCCUGUCCAUUCAGGUGCCGACUCGACAGUUCACCCCGCCGCCAGCUGCUUCGAAUCCUUACGUCAAACCCCCGCCACUCUCGCCCCAGCUCGACCACUCCCACAUCUACGCCUCGCCCACAAACAUUCUGCCCCGCCGCUCGCGCGGUCUCGACUUUUCCCGUGCCGCCACGAGCCUGCACCAUUCGACUCUUGCCGAGCAGUCGUCUCCCGACUCGUCACCUACAAUAGGCGACCGCGCCAUGGCCAUUCCGGGCCGGCGCAACCAUCAUGGAGGAACAGAGCAGUCAUCGACGUCGCUGUGGUCAAUCAUGGGGAGCCACGACAAGGUGAAUGCGAGCAGCUCGCUCGGCAGCACUCCCGCCGUCGGCUCUGAUACCUCGACCUCCUCUGACGAUGAAGACAUCAUGGACGAAGACAUGGACGAGGCCUACGUCACGACGCCCAUGGCAAAGGCCAGUGCAUCCAUGUCUCACGCCGCACCCGGCGGCCCCUUUGGCUCACCGGCAAUGAGCAGCCUCAUGAGCUUCCAGCAAAGACAGCGCCCCCGUAAGCAUCCCAAGAAGAAAGUUCGCGGGCCUCUGGGCCUGGGCUUCAACCUUUCUGCCGCUUCCCUCUCCAAGUCCCCACCCAAUAGCUCCGCUCGGGCAAGGAGGGAGAGCAUAAGCUGGCAGGCGAACCAACUGCACAUAUCUGGCGUCGAGACGGAAGAGGGAGCCAAGUCUCAGAGCGACGCUGACGGGGGAAGCGGUGACGGACAAAGAAACGUGACGCGGCGCCCAGUCACUCGUCGCGGGAACCUGCUGCCCAAAACCAAGACGUUUGCUCGUAUUCGAGCCGCCUUGGCCGAAGAAGGCGCCCCGGCAGACACAGAGACACGGCGCGAAGCAGAAGUCGUCAAGCAAGUCCGCGAAAGUGACGUGGGCCCAGAGCCUCGCUUCCCACCUCCGGCCCCCGAACCUCUUGAGUCGGCCGACGAUAUGCCCGAAGACGACAUGAUGGGGGACCUGGCUUCAGGCCUGUCGAGCAGCUUCAAACAGCAUGCAAUAAAGAACUCGAGAGGCAAAACCUUCUGGGACACGUUCUCAGAGUCCAGUAGCAUGGGCGGCGCUCGGACGACUCCGCCUCCAGCCGCAUUCCUCCCCAGAGGCUCGUCCUCGGGGAUAAGCGAGGAUACUACCAUGGACUCUCCGUCGCUUGCCGGCCCCAGUGGCUACUCGGGCUCUCAAAGAGGCGGCACUCCGGGCCCGACCGCCGCCGAGAUUACGCGCCGAAUCAAUAACAAGCGACGACGCGACGAUGACCUCGAUCCCAUCAGCUUCAAGCGCCGGGCCGUCAGUCCUGGGAUGAGCGUCCACAACUCGCCGAUCCUGCAGAGUCCGAUGCAGCGCGACUCGGGGCCGUGGGGAUCUCGACCGGGCAGCACGGGCGGCGACAAGGGCGGCAGCAGUGCGCCGAGCGAGACGGGCAGCAUGACCAGCACGCCGGCGAAUCCUUCGGUCGGAGCCGGCGGGCGCUUGAAUGGCAAAGGGCGGGUGGGAUUUCAAGGCAUGAUUGAUACUAACGAUGGUAUUAUGCGGAUGAGCAUUGAGUGA